CUUUGUAACAUCCACCGAUUGGGAUUUGAAGUCUCGCCCAAAAAUGGCUGUGCAGAAACAGUUUUGGAGAUGUGUCGAUCUUCUCACCUAAUUAAUGUGGCGCAUGCUCCAAAUUAACCAAGAGUCCUCUGAUCGAGCCGGAGGACAUUUCUGGAAGGUGAGCGGAGGGCUGUGGAAGGAGAAGAGGAGGAAGAAGAGGAUUGUGGGCCAUCUUGGGGCAGAGACACUGAAGAUUCUUUGGGAUCUUCAGUGACAGUGUGGCAGACAUGAAAACCCAAGAGCAUCGUUCCAGCCCUCUGAAAUCACACACACAGAUGUGCAUUAGGAAGCAUGAGGAGGUAUAAGACUUAGUGAGCUGCAACAUGAACAAGAGCAGUACACCGAGCUCGAAUCAAAGAGGGCUCAAACCCUUUGCCCAAGGGUGAAUUGGCGAUGCACGUCCCCACUCCCAAAUGAAGGGUCUCCAGUUUCGCAGCAUUGCUCCCAAAGCCCCUGUAGUGGUUCCAUCAUCAGCAGUUCUAUCCUGCCAGCCUCCCUCAGCCCUUCCAGAAGCACCCACAGCUGUCAGCCCCAAAUCCAUCCUUGUCCCUGCCCAGAACUAUGCACUCAUGCAGGUGGCUGGACAAGAGGGGACCUUCUCAUUGGUGGCCUUACCUCAGGCACAACAGCAACAGCCAAUCCAGAAGAACCUUAAGCUGCCUAUUCCUAGAUACCAACCAAUGAGAAGCAAGAGCGCUCCAGAAAAAGGCAGUAGCAAGAGGCUGAGUCCAGCCAAGGUUUCUGCAACCAUACAAGCUCAAACAUCUGCUAUGAAAUCAGACCAGAGUUCAGACCCAGUACCUGAGCAGCUUGUUGUGAUUGAUGUUCCUACUUCGACUGAAAUCAAUGUUGCACCCUUGCUCCCAGGUUCACAGACAGAUCGAAAAGUGGAACAAAAAUGCGAUGCCAGUCCACUCAAAAGCCAGCACUAUCCUUCUGGAACCUCCCUUGUUGCCCCUGUCAAGAAAAUCUCACCAGUUAAACCCCAAGUAGAGGGUCAAGCCUCGGCUGGCAGUGCCAUCACAGUCCUCUCACCCACUAUCUUUAGCAAAGCUGUUCAGAUCAUUCCAUCUCCACCCAAGGGCAAGCUGCCCAUCUUGCCCUAUGCCAAGGUGAAGAACUCCCUCCUGGCACCAACCAGCCUUGCCAGCACCCCAUUCUCAGACAAGCAGACUGUAAGUGGAGCCAAAAGCAGCCUGAAAAUCCCUCCAGACACCAACAUCAAGUCCACAGACAGCAAAGUUGAAUGUGAAAGCCUAAGCCAAGACCACAGCAACACCCAAAUCAAGAAACCUCCAGGCAAGAAACGGGGGAGGAAGAGGAAAACCACAGAGGAUAUUCUAGCUUUCGAGGCUCGAAAGAAGAGAUCCUUGUCAUUUUUCAGAAGGAGGGUGCCUGAUAAACCUCCAGUUGGUGUGUGGAAUUCUGCCUCUCAAGAGAAGUUGUUGGACAUAUCCAAAAAGUAUCGGAGUAUUCGUCCCAAGCCGGUACAGGUAAUAGAAACCGCUAUUCCGCAACUUGUUCCACUUCCUUCCUUGUCAACAUCAGAAAACCUUGAUCAGGAGCAGCUCUUAUUAGGACAGCAGAUAUCAGGAAAACAGUCUUCGCAAGCUACUGCAGUAGAUUGUAAAGGCGGUGGGGUAGUGAUUUACUCAGGAAGUCGUCCUUUGCACCGGUGUCCUACCUGCAACAGGUGUUUCCAGUUCAAGCAUCACUUGCAGAGCCACAUGAACAGCCACAGUAACCUGCGGCCUUAUGUCUGCCCGGUAUGCAGGAAGGCUUAUGCUCACUCGGGCAGUCUUAGUACACACAUGAAACUGCACCAUGCGGAAAGCAGGCCCCGGAAGAGCCUUUGCUGUGAAUUCUGUGAGAAGUCAUUUGGCUAUGUGGGUGUCUACUUUAGCCACUUGAGAGAAGUGCACCGGGUGAUACUCACCGUUGAACCGUCCAUCAGUCAACACGAAGAAAACAUGUCUGUAGAAGAGUCUUCAGAAGCUGAUGAACAAUCCUCAGAACAGCAUGUUGACCCAGUUGAGCUACAAAUUAAGUGUGGGCGCUGCCAGGCCAUCACCCCUACCUUUGCUGACAUGAAGCUGCAUUUGUUGUACGUGCACGGAGAGGAGGUCCAGGUGCGACUGAGGGAUGGGGCGAUGCAUGGGGGCCGUGAAGCAGAGGAUGAACUGGUCAAGCAUGCAGCACACUACUGGAGGCAGCUCAAUGAGAAACGCAACCUAGUGCACUGCGGUCCCUGCGACGAGGAGUUCUUCUCCUUUUCCAAGCUCAAACGACACCUCCAUUCUAACCAUCAAGAAGCUAGAGAGAGUCAAGAAGAAGAAGAAGAGGAGGAGGAGGAAGAAGAGGAGAUGAUUGGUAAGGAGGGCCAUGUAUUAAGGGGCCUCAGUAAAGGUAUAUCCCUGAGGGUGGGGUCUCACUUCAACUGCAUCCUUUGCAGUAAGGUGUUUAAUAAGAAACAGGACGUUAUUGAGCAUUGGAGGGCACAGCACAACUGUGAAAAUCCCACCCUUUUAUGGGAUGUCCUGGAGUUCAAAGGGGAGAGAACAAGCUAACUGAUGGGCCAUAUUAACUCUAAAUGGGUCAUUUUAUUAUUUGCUUCAUGUGUCUACUGUGUGGUUUAUGCAGGAUGCAGUGAUGUAAAAAAAAAAAAAAAAUCCACUAAUAGAUUUUUAUGUUGUUUUGUUUUUGCACUGUUUUUUAAUAUUACAAAUGUUCAAAUGCUUCAGUUCUGUUAUGUUUUUGUUUUGUUUUAUGCUUUGAUGUGUUUUAUACAUAAAAGCAUAAUAAAAUUCAUAAACCAUAAAUUCAAUCUUAAACCUUACUGUGGCCCAGGUGCAGAUGUAAUAUAACUGGCAGUAAAUAGAAUACCUUAGGAUGAUUAUCAUAAUUUUUAAUGUUCGUGGACACAGUGUGUUAAUAACUGCUUCAGUUGAGUGAACCGGGUGAAACGGACUAACAAAGGCUCAUCAAAAACACUUUCCCACUCCUUGCUAUAGUCUGAAUUCAAAUGGGGGCAUGAUUAGCAUGUUUGAAAUAUGUCAAAGAACAUUCAAAAUAACACAAAUUGUCAGUGACAUUCCACAAACACGUACACAUAAUCACACAGUUUCAGUCCUCAUUCCACAACUAAAAUAAAUACUGCCAGAAAACCUCUGCUUACUUUUCAGUCGAAGACAUUCAGGACCACUAAUAAGGAUUUCAAAUAUAUGAAAAAAUAAGAAAAUAAUGAGCUCAAUUUGGCCAAUCUUCAACUGUUAAAUUUAAUGUUAUAUAUAAUAUUUCAAAAGUAGUCUUUGUUGUAUUUUUGGAUGGAAAUGCUAUAUAUUUAAAAAUAUAUAUAUAUAUAAUAAUAAUAAUAAUGGUGAAAUGUGUGGUGAUUUAUUUAUAUUAGUCUAUUCAAAAAUAUUUCUGUUCAUGAACAAAUUGCCAGGGUAAAGGAAUGUUAAAAAAUCUCCUAAUUGUUAUUCAUGUAUACUUGUAUAGAUAGAUUACAAAUAUAUAAAAAAAAAAAAAAUACUAAAGACCGCUGUAUAUUGAGAAUAUAUAUUUACACAGAGACUUCCCCUGCUGUUUUGUUCUAAGAAAUUAACUAUGAAAUAUAUUUAACUAUUACAGUGUCUUAAAUGUCUUAAGCAAACCUGCCGCUUUAGCUACAUUACCAAUCCAAGGUUUGAGCACACUUUUUGGCUGAUAAUUAAGCUAUGCUUUAAUCACUUUUUUUAAACAGUACAUAAAUGACAUCUACAUGUUCAUUAAAUAUUUUCUUUGUAUAAAAAAAAAAACAUUUAACAAAACAUUUCAUUAAAAUGGAUGAUGGGACCGAAUAGCAAAGAAAUCAGCCAACAAGUGCCCAGUACACAUGGCAUUUCCUUCAGUACUGUUUUUUUUUUUAAAACAUCCCAGGUGGAUUCUUCAUUAUUUUGUUGAGAGAUUUCCCAGAGUGUGCAGAGCUGGAAACUAGGCUACUUAAAGGCUGAAAUACACUACAUCAUUUUAGUCCAUUUUGCAUGUUGGAAAAGUAUACUUGAGUUUCCAAAAGUUAAAGCCAGUCUGUUGAUUUUGGCUGGUCAUAGUUGACAAAUUUUUAAGAAAAUCACAUAGUGUAUAAUGGGUGCAUUUAUUUUUUUUACUUCAGACAAUGAUUCCGUCCAGUGGGAGUAUAUUAAAAAAAUUAUAUUUUCAGCCGAUUUUUGUUGUGUUUGGGACAACUUGAAAGUCUGGUAGUGAGUGGGUUUGUGUUAUUUCUGAUAUUAGGGACAUUAAUGAUAAAGAAUAUGUGUGUUCAAACCUUUGACUGGUAAUCGUUCUGUAACAAUCAUCUACUUGAACGGGUGCUGUGUAAAGUGAACUGAUAAAGUUCACUAACCUUAGAUUCUUGACACAAAGCGAACAGCAAAUCCCAAAGCACCAUUUCAUUUGGUCUUUCACAGUUGAAUUCAUAUUCUAGAUAACCUAAAGUCAAUAAUGUUGAUCUUAACAGUCAUUAGACAAAUGCUGUUAGUCUUGUUGAAAUGACCCCUUAAGUGUCUUCGUUAUAGAACGUGUCUUUGAUUGAUUGCUCCUGACUCAAAAAGCGAAUGAAAAGAAGAAAUGUUUUGUUUCAAAUGUGGUCUUAUUAUAUUGUUUAAUGAUUGACAUUUGAAAACUUUUGAAUCGGUUUCACCUGACACAUUCUUUGUGGUUAAUGUGUGUCUGGUAGCAUUUCUAGUCCUGAAGAGUCCCCCUGCUACUGUGAAAGUUAAACUUGUCUGUUUGUGGCUUUAGCUAAACUAAGCCCUGAAUAGUUUUUGUACGAGAGAAAGCAUCGUCCCUGCGAUAUUGAUUAUUGGUGCCUAAAUAAAAAAGAAAUCUCUAACGACAGUAAAA